AUGAAAUAUGAAUCGUUGGGUCUACUGGUCGGUGUAGCCUCAGGUCUUGCAGAGAGUCGUCAGGCUGCAAGACAAUUGCCGCUAACAACAACUACUGCUGCUGCUGCCACUCCUUGGCCGUCAGUCUCGUACAAGACCGAACCUUUCACAAGCCCAGAGCUUGAGGUCAACCAAACUGGGCCAACAGCACCCGGAUUGAUCUGGUUUUCGCCUGCUCUUUUCUUCCCUCAGCAAGGUCCUGGAGCGCCUUCAACAUCAGAGCUUACACCACUUAUUGCUAGUCAGAACGGCGAAGUCGUCUUCCAUGGACCGAAUUAUCCGCCAGACCAGCCCAACUUCUUUGCGAACUUUAGGCCGCAAUUCUUCAGCAAUGGGACGCUAUUAUCUUACUACCUGGGCCAUUUUGGACCGAACAUGGAGCAGGCACUCGGAAACGUAACCUUUAUUGAUUCUACAUACACGGUGACAACUGUCAUCUGCUUGGCAGAUUAUCCUGCAUUCAUACCUGGUGCCGCUGAGUCGGAAUGCAAAGUCGACCUCCAUGAGUCACGACGCUUGUCUGAUGACAGAUUCAUAGUGACAACUCACAACUAUACUCAGACGGAUUUGUCCGCCGUUGGUGGUCCCCAAGAUGGAUGGGUAACAGACAGUCAGUUUCUGGUCAUAAAUCCAUUCACAGAGGAGAUUUCGUUCAAGUGGUCCAGUCUCGAGCAUUUGGACAAGCUGCCAGUUAACGACUCUAGAAUUCUUAGACAGAACCGAAUGGGUCAAGAGCUUGGCACUUCGCCGGAGCUGGCAUGGGAUUACUUCCAUAUCAAUGCUGUUGCUCCAUUUGAGGAUGGAUACGUCAUCUCAGCCCGCCAUUUCUCAACCGUGGUCUUUAUUGACAAGGAUGGAGAGGUUACAUACCGGUUGAAUGGCGAAAUUGGUCAGGAUUUUUCUCUCCCCACAGACGCGCAUUUCAGAUACCAGCACGACGUUCUUGCCCAUAAGGGGGAUGAUGGAUCUAUCAUCGUAACUAUGUUCGAUAAUGAAAAUUAUGAUGUCCCACCGCCCAGCCAAGAUGUUGAGUCUUCUGCCCUGGAGCUGCGAUUGAACACGAACGACAUGACAGCUAAAUUGGAACGGCGCUUAUUUAGCAACGAUACUGUUCGUGCUAUCGGACUGGGGUCAUGGCAGGACCAGCCCAAUGGAAAUGUCUUCGUUGGCGAAGCGACGUUCCCGGCACUGGCAGAGUUUGACCCAACUGGCAAACAAGUCUGGAACCUGCGCUAUGGAUUUGACAGCCCCGGGUCGUUUCGUGCAUACAAGUAUACAGAAUGGACUGGUAAGCCGGCAUAUCCUCCUAAGGGAGUAGCUGAAGCUCAUGACAAUGGCUCCCUGGUUGUCUUUAUGAGUUGGAAUGGUGCCACGGAGGUUGUCAGCUGGGAUGUUAAAGCACUGACAGAUAAUGGAAUUUCUCUAAAACUUACAAAUGUCCCAAAAUCGGGAUUCGAAACAACGGCUAUUGUCAAUGCCACCACGUCACAGAUACUUCUUGCCGUCGCGCUAGGGGAUGAUGGACAGGUUUUGGGGACAUCGGAGCCGUUUGCGGCCUAG